ACUAGCAAUGGCGGCCGUCAGUGCCAGUAGUAUGUUAGAGUUUGUUCGCCGUAUUUUCCGCGAACGUCAAGAUCAUGGCAUGCUCACCAUCAGGCAGCUGCGGACGCUAUACACCGACGAGCUCAAAGUGAAACACCUAUCAUCAGAAAACAGAGAAGUCUUUGCAUCAAUAGUCACAACUGUGUUUAAGGAGUUUGUAGACUUGGCGGACUCCAGAGACAAGUCAUUGCAGGACGUCAAGUCGAGUAGCGACGACACCCCAGCAGAUCUAGGGGCCACCAGUCCAUUGCGCACAACACUGCCCCAAAAUGGGAACUGCUACCCGGAUGACGAGUCACCUGUGAAAUGCCCCAAUGCCAAGAAUGUUCAACGAGUAGUCGACUCAAGCAGUGACUCUGAUGAUGAUGAUGUGAUUCGGGCCGUGAAGGAAACGUUAGGUGUGCGGACACGUCGACGAACUCAGUCAAAACCCGCUCCCGUGCCUAGUGUUGCUCCCAUCAGUGCUCUCAACAGCAUAUCCAUCGUAGGUGCCAACGCAUCAAUAGCUAUCUCACCCGAUUCAUUGCACAUUUCUCCAAAGGUUCCUUCUCCAAGUGUUUCUCCAGGUGUUUCGUCGAGCUUGUCUUCCAACCCUGCAUCGAGUGAAAUAUCUGAGAGCCCUCGUAAGGAUGCACCUUGUGAUGAAUCCAUUAACGCUUCCUCCAAUGCUGCGGCCAGUGCAGUGUGUUGUGCCAUUCCGACUGUGGUGUUCCCUGUGGCUUCAGCUGACAAGGCUGAAGCGCCGUGUGGCGGGGACGCAUCAGACUCCUCGGACUCUGAAGGAAAGCUGAUGAUUGCCGAGUCCCCUAUGUCUGCCGAGUCUCCGCGGAGACCUUCAUCGGAUGGCGAAGGUAGCGCCAGGGUUGGAGAACACGGAGUAGAACCCAGAAGGCCUCCCCUGUCUGAAAGUAAGAAUGUGAAAAAUGCCGCCAGCAGUCCAAGUGAAGGAUCUAAGACCCCAACUCAAGAGAGCAACGGCAAGGAACACAAAAGCAUGGACGACAUGCCUUUGUUCACGCUGAAGCUGACAAAAACCAAGACAGGUGGCUGGAUCAUGGUCAAGCCCAAGAGCGAAGAGUCAGAUGCUGGAGAUGAGACGACUCCCCAAAAGCCUAACAUAGUGCGUCGGAAACGUGUCCCAGCACCACGAAAAACCAAGGGAAAGAUCCCAGAAAUUGCUCGUGGUAUCUUUGACUCAAGUGAUGAUGAGCCACUGUCAGAACUGCGCAACAAGCAACCAAAAAAGAAGCCAGUCCCUGUGCAGCUGGAUAAAAUCGAAAAUCCCAGCAUCUCGGACCUGGAGCAGAAACUUACUCGGGUACACAAGCGACGGAAGAAACCAGCCGAUGGCUUUCCACCUCCAAGCAAAAAGCGUAAGUGCACAAGACGGGAGGCAACAGGCUGUUCUAAAAAGGGACACGAAAGAGCUACACUGAAUCAGUUUAGACAGCCUGCAGCAAAACCAGCAUCAACAGAGAAUCCGGCUGUAGCGAAACUCAAGCGUUGCAUUAGUACUGCGGGGCUGAGAGUUCGCUAUGUACAGUUGCUGGAGGAAACUGAUACUGUGGAGCAGAAAGUGGCGAAGCUCAUGAAAGUUCUUAGGGAUGCUGGGCUUCAAGGCAAUGCAACAUUGAAGAACUGCAGAGAGCUGAGGCAAAAGCGUGAAGAAGAGAAUGAAAUUCGGAGUCUCGACAAAAGCAACAUUGUUGAAAACUCCCAAGCAUCUUCCACAUCACCUCAACAAUCAGAUGGUGCAACGAAGCGAACGACUCGGAGUGCAGCCGUCUCCACAGUCCCAAGUGCCACACCCGAGGAACCCCAGGAGGUGGUCGACGAAUCGCGCAAGGUCUUCUCAAGGUUAAAAGACAUCAUUGACAGCGAGGAUAGCGAAUGAUAAGCCGAGAGGCCACUGUUCGCCUGCAUGUACAUAAGCUCUUCCACUGUGGGCCGCAGCUAUCACAGUGGCUCUUCCCAUUCCUGCGUCCUGUCAAUCACUGUGGCUAGCAGUUAGCCCAAAGCGAUGAUCUUCACCAUCUUUCGCCAUGUCAUGGAUAGUGUAGCAACACGGAUUCCAUGCCAACUGUGCUGUACCUUUCCAUGCCAUGCUGUGUUAACGUAACUAAAUGUUGCAGUGAUGAGGAAGCGUGGUAUAAAUGACAGUUCUGGCUAUACCCCUCGCUUGCACUCAAAUUUCACACGGUGUACCAUGAUUUGGUGCAGUAUUUGCCCAUUUCGUUCUGAAUAAUUCGAAAGUAUGCAUCGUCUGCAACAAUGCCAGACCAAAGUAUGCGGAUUUUCUUAGAGAAUAGAAAGGUGAUGCUGUCUCUCCUUAAAGGGAAGUGCGCACACUGUGGAAAGGACAGAAUGCUGAACAAUGUCAUUUACCUUCCUGGCUAUGAAUUAGGCCAGUGUUUGUUUUGACACGAAAACUGGCAUUUUGUUUGUCUGGCAUCACCAUGGGGGACUUAUACGUCUGAAUUAUCUUAGACAAAAAACAACAAAGUACUUCGCCCAGAUUACACAAAAUGCACCACGAAAUGCCACCGGCGUGUGAAAUUUUAGGGCAAGCAAAGCUGUGUAUUGUACUGAACUAGUGUCGACCGGUGAGGUUAGUAAAUAUGGUGACGUUCUUUGCUCAAAAAAGGACAGCAAAUGUGUAGUGGGACAUGAGACAUGUGCUACUCUCUACUGAAAGCUCAAAGAACAUACAAUAAUGUAGCAUACGUGACAGGUAAACAAUGAAGAAUAGAACACGUGUUCAAUAAUAUGGCAUAUUAAAGAACAAACACAGAAACAAAAAUAAGUACCAUAUUUUCCUGAAUCUAGCGCAUGCCUUUCUUUGCGAGAAAAUAUGUCCUAAAAUUGCCUGCACGUUACAAUUGGAUACGAAACCAAAACUGCAUUCGCAGCGUUGGCAGCAGCCCACCACCAGAGCCGUCAGAUGCAGUGUCAUCGCCAUCACAAAAUGGCGACAGAGCAUCUUUUUGAAAAGGUCGCUGUUGGUUCAUUUUGUGCUCGACGAGAAUCCUGAGCAGUAUUCUCAGCCAUCAGAGAUACUGCUGUCACUUUCGUGAGAUUUCACGUGACUCGGCACCAAAUAUGUCUGCGUAAUCGGCCACCAGUGUUUCUGGCACUGUGCCAAACUCGUUAUAUGCGUACAAUGCCAGGAACACUGUUGGCCGCAUACUUAACAAGUUCGAUGCAGGGUUUCGUGAAAAUGAUAGCUGUAUCUAAAGUGAUCGCUUGAGAAUACCACCCCUGUGUGCUUGAUAUUUAUGACCAAUGACUCGCAAAUGAUGGCGACGAUUCACUGCUUUCAUUGUCUCGUUUUUUUUUUUUUUUUUAUCGCGAAUGUGGGGGCCAUUUUUCAUUGAUGAAUUGGCGGCAUGUUACACGGAUGUCACACAGCGCACUUUGAUCGUGAUCGGGCCUGAUCGGGUUCCAAUUUUUUGGUCGUGAUUGGCUCAUUUGUUUAAGCUACAGGAGGGAGCCAAUUGUGGUUGAAAAUUUUUAUCAGGAUCAGACUCGAUCGCAGUCGAAAGUGGUCGUGUGACACCAGUAUUACAUUUAGGUGCACUUUUAUUUUCUUUAAGCCUGCGAAAAUUGGGUGCCCGAUUAAAUUUACCUGAUUAAAUUCACUCGAUUUUAACGCGUCCCCGUGUAUUAGAAUCGGGUAAACACGGUGGCUGAAGCAAUCCAAUGACAUAAAACAGUCAGGCUAGGGAAGUGAACAAUGCUUACAGGUUCAUGAGCUUUCUUUCCAACAUUAUAAAUCGACACAUGACUGAUCCAUGUGGUGUUCAUUACUUUUUUUUUUUGAAGACUUUGCUGAUUUUUCUAGGGUGCAUGCCACAUCCCACUUUGUUUCUAUUCUUAAAGGUGUACGAUGAGAUAUUAAUGGCUUUUCUCUAUCUAUCUUUUUUAUGAGUGACGUCAUCAUAGCUAGCCUUAUUGUCGUGCAGCAUCACCAGAUUUUGUUCUGUGUCAUGAUGUCACCAUAAAGUCCAUGGCACCAGGUCUGACAUCUCGAGACUAGCAUUAGUACCAAAUUACAAUAUCUUACGUUUCCUAACUUUUAUACUUGCCAAGUGUUAUCCUUUUAGGUGCAAGAAGAAUGUCGUAUAUGUUUUACAAUUUGAAAAGUAUGUGUUAGCACUCCUUUAAGAAUACUGGGGGCUUAGCCAGAAGGGCCAUCUCUACCAGGCUCCCUUAUCGAGUCAUCAUUCUACACAUGCUGCUUGCCUACAGUGAUGACUGACUCACUGGGUGGAACAGCUGUGAGAAGGUGGUCUUUAUCCUCUCUUCCCUCAUCGUUUGAGAUGUGUGUACUUCCUCAAGAUUUUUUUUAACUGUUUCACAAUGUACUAUAAGGCUGUAUACAUAGUGUACAUGGGAGUUGCGAUAUCCCAGCCAUUCGGGAGCAUCACUCGGAGCAUGUGUCGAAAGAUUCUGGCUUGCCAUGUGUGUGUUUCCAUGUUUUGUCUGUUGUGAAAGAAUCCGUGUUGCCCAAAGCAAGAAGGCCAGCAUGCCUUCUUAGCGUACACAGAGCAUAGGUUACAAGGUAUGUGAGCGGUCAAGAGCUUUUGGCUACACGUCUACUCUGCUUUGCAGAAAAAGUGCAGGCUUCAGGCGACUAACCAAAUGUGUUUGGUGGCGACUUGGUUCAGUGUCUCCUUUCUAGCAACCGUCGUAUGCUAUUGUUCACGAGCUUUUCACAUAGAAAGGGGGCCCCAAGUGGUGUUCCUAAAGGCCAACUGCAACUAACUUUCACUUUGGCUAAAUUGGUUAUAAACAGAUAUUAUAUACUACAGUUAAACCUGCUUAUAACGAACCUCCAUAUAACGAAUUCCUGGAUAUAACGAAGUUUUUCUAUUCCCCGCCGUUACUCCAUAGAAGCACAUGUAUUUGAGACCUCUACGUAACGAAGUGGCAGCGGGAGACCCCCUCGAUAUAAUGAAUUUUCCCCUCCAACAACCGAGAGAUUUUGCCCCAAAUUUUGUCAUUUUUGCGCGAGCAGCAACCGGAAGCACCUUCUCCGCUGCGACGGAAUACGAAGUGAGCGCACGUGUGCGUGCAUGCGUGUGCGAGGCGGGCCUGCAUCCCUCGACCCGGCGAUCUUGCCGCCGCGGGCGUGACCUUUCCCCCUCCCUUCAUUCAAACUUGAUCCUGCUGCUUGUUGCAGCUGGCCAAGCCCGCCAAGCCGACACUCUCUCCUUUUCCAGUUGAUGUUGCCAAUGCGCUGGUACACGCUGUGACACAUCACACUCGAUGAGUGCAGACACGCGCUGUCAAACGCUGGCAGCGUGUGGAAGUGCCGGCUGAGAAGUGAGCGAAGUGACCUUCAUGCUGUUGUCUAUCGCUUCAACGCAAACUGAGCGCCGAGAACACACAGCACGCACAAAGCUACGAGCCGCCGACGCACCUACACUGCUAGACUCUGCCCCAACAUAGAUCGCUUUCAAGAUAUGGCCCGCGCGCCGCCGCGCAGUACAGAGUUGAUGCCAGAGUACAGUACAACGCCGCCCCACUAUUCCUCCCCCCUUGCUCCCUCACUGGUGCCUCGAGCGCAACGGAAGAAGGCGCGCUUCCUCCCUGCUUUUCUUGUGCGCGCGAGAUUUAGACGCGGUCGUCGACUCCCCUCGCACAUACAGCAUACGGCGCAUGGCGACUGCGUUAUCGCCCUUGGACUUUAUAGGGAACAUCUUUGAGCCAAAACCAAUUUUAGGGCCACAAUGCGUCAUAGACACCAUCUUUAUAUAACAGAUAUGGAUCUCAAGGGCCAUACUUUUGCUGGCGGAAACCGAAAAUACGUCAUAGUUCUCGUCCCCGGCACUUUGGGCGGCCAAUGCCAUCGCCAAGCCACCAAGCCAAGGGACAUGAAAAGUCAAAAUCGCCGCUCGGGCCGACGCCGGGUGGCAGUUCGCAACGUAUGAUGCGGGAACGGUCCCACAGUUGUGACGCAACAGCGGGGUUACCAAUGCAUUCAGUGCUAUGGUAACUAUGCCGGGACCGGCCGAAAACGACGUAACAGCCGGGGAAACGAAGCACCCGGGAACGUAACAGCAGGGUUCUGCUGUAACGCUAUACGACGCUACGACGCCAUCGUGACGCUCGCUCUUCGUUUCCGAUGCCUCGCGCUUGUGCUAAACGACACGCGUCCACGCAUCCGAUACCUGGUGUGACAUUCCAAUGAUGAGUGCUUCGACGAAAACGGAAAACGGGUGCGCGUUACAAUUGAGGGCGCGUUAGAAUCGAGUAAUUACGGUAGCGUUUCUUUUUCAAAUUUUCGUGCCGAACCUGCGUAUAAUGAAAUCCUCUUUAUAACGAAGUUUUUCGGGAAUUUGUCAAUUUCAUUAUAUCCAGCUUUAACUGGGGUAUUAAGGCAACCUUGGGAAAACUGCACAGCUUGUAAUUGUCCAAUUUUCUUAUUAGCAGCCCUUAAUUAGCACCUAAGCAUACAAUGCGGCCGCAUGGUGGCUAGUGGAUAAGAUGGGAAUCCCGGAACAUCGUACCCGAGAUAUGCAGCGAGACCAGGCCCCACCUGAUCUCAGAGGUCAUGCCCAGGCACUGUGCUCUUUCUCGACAUUCUAAGUUGCGCAUCAUUUCUUUUUAAGGCUUAUUUCGUUGCAGUUGGCCUUUAUUAAGGUUACUUGCAGGGUCUUGCAAGGAUAUGGUUGUGCUGCAAAGAAAAUAAAAGGGGGCCUUCUACAGUAAGUGAAAUACUGUUUUAACAACCCUGCUGUGUUAGGUAAGGUGCAAGUGUAUUAUGAAAUUUUUAGCUUUUAAGUCUUGUUUUAAUGAAAUCUUUUAAAUGAAAGUGCUUUUACCCUUGCUGUUCUGUUUCUUUCUGAACAGGAUACAAAACUUGCACCAGAAAUUGGUCAAAGUUGCAUGUCAUCAACUUUUGGAAUAAUGGAUAUUUAACUUGUGAUUAAGAAGCUCCUUUCACUAAAUACUACUUUACCACAUUCUCUGGCAUUGCUAGAAGACACGAAUUACUCUACCCCUCUGGUAUGUCUUAUCAAACGAUCGAUGAAAGCAGCUUGCAAGCUUAUUUCGGCGAGCCAUUCAAUAAAUGUUUGCUCAUUGGCGAAACUUGGUGGCAACCUACAUUGGGCUUGCAGCAUUAUUUUGUGCCUGGCGAUGCCAAAUUUUCUGGGCAACCCUCGAGCUACUUAUUUGCUGUGUGUUUGUUUGUCCUGUAUCCUGUAAUGUCGCAUGUUUACCAAAAAAAUAAUUCUUACAUAAAUUUUAACUUAUAUUUAUGUUAGCUUUGGAUGGCUUUGUGGCUUCUGGCUGUCAAGCGUGUGGACAUGUGGCGUGUGACGUGUGUCAGUCUUGCUUUAACACAAUGGUCUUAGAAACUUUACCUCAGAGACGUAACUCCGUUCCACUGCGAUAAAAAUAUGAUCAUGGCAUAACUCAGUUUCACUGAGAAAAAAAUAUGAUCAUGGCACACAGUCAUACAUUCAUAAUUUCAGCUGAUAUCUCUGCCAUUUACUUUUUUUCCUCGGCUUAUCAUGUUGCCGAAAAUUAUAAUUAUCGUUGCAGAACUUCUUCAUUCUAGAUAUUUUCUUGUUUGCCAUGUAUGUCAGGAAUUCAUGGUGCAAUUUACACUCAUGCUAACGAUAAAGAGGCUUCUGCAGCAAUUUUUAUGAAAGACAUGGGACGCUGUAGUAAAAAGCACCGCCUCGUGAAUCUUUUCCAGGGAUAACUUCUUGCACGCACCUUGUAUGAACAGAGUUAUCCGGUGUCACUUGUUGUCUUAGCACUGGGCUAACAGUGUGUCUGUUUGGACUAACACUUGUGAAAGUGAUUAUGAAUAAUGGCACGAGAGAUGCAUGGGCACUCCAUCAAGAUUGCUGUAACCGUGACAAGAGGCAUAUCACAAUGUUUCAGCACAGAAACUAAUGUGCUGACUCCUAAUUAACGAAUUUAGGCACUUUUUCUUAACUCGAAAAUCAUACAUCAAGCAAGUUUGUUACUUUCUUUAGGAUCACAAAAGCAAGUGCCAUGACUUGGUUAUUUCUGGCUGAUUAAGUAUGUGCAAUAAAAAUUAAAUAGUCAGACACAAUAAUUCAUACUUGCAUACCUCAAGAUUAGUGUAAAUUAACAAAUUCCAAGUUUAGGUAGGGUCACUAUAUUUUCUUUGCUGUAAUUGAGCAAAGUCUUCUGUUGGGGGAAUGCUAGUUGCACUCUUUGCAUGAUCAGUCGUAGUUUUGCGCAACAAAUAAGCCAAAAUUUCAUCAAGCCUCAGCAUCUGAUGAGCUGACGUCAUGUUUCUGCAAACUUAAUAUAAAGAAUUUCAUAUCAUGCUAAAUAAUAGGCUACAAAACUCAAAAAUACAUGAGCUAUUGGAAUGCAUGUGUUAAAAUGCCACAUUUACCUAAACCUUAGCUGAUACUUUUGUAAAAUGUGCAGACGCAACUUUGGGAUUGGCUGUAGACGUGAUUCAAGGAUUCUAAAAGUAAUCAUCAAAGUUGCCUUCGGCAAUCUGUUUGAUGAGCACAGCUGCAUCACUAUAUCAAAAGACUCGCUUAAAAAGUGCACCAUUUAAAUCUUAUCAGCAUCGUUUCAGUGAUCAUGCAUCACUAAACAUGUUGCAAACUGGAUAGCCUGCCAUGUGAAAACGCGUCCUUGCUAAGCUAAUCUCAUUAAUUUCUUAUGAAAUUGUGCAUUUAAAAAGCAGUAGGCAGAAUUGAGGACAGCACAUUGUCUGAGGAACAGAGCAAUCACAUUACAUCGAUGCAGCUGACAUGUAAAUUUGGGUCAUAAGAGUGAACUUUCUAUGUAUCAUACACAAUUGCCUAAGACAUUUGGGAUUAAUGCUGUGUAGGUAAGAAUGUAUGACACUUUGCUUUGGUUUAUAUUUUGCUCAGCUCAAAUUUGGGAAAAACAUUUUUUGGAGAGGGAACUAAUUUUUUGGAAGGGGUAGAUAGUCGCAGGAUCAAAUCCUGGUCACAGCAGCCGCAUUUCAUUGAUAGUGAAAUGCAAAAACGCCUGCGUACUGUACUUUGGGUGUACGUUAAAGAACCCCAGGUGGUCGAAAUUAAUCCGGUGUCCCCCACUACGUUGUGCCUCAUAAUGAGAUUGUGGUUUUGGCACAUAAAACCCCAGUAUUAAAUUUUUUUGUUUUGUUUCUAGAUCACAAUGACUUAGCUGUUGCCAAUUUCACCUGCUUUAAGAACUUGUUUGUAUAAACUUGCUUGAAGCAAGUAUUCCUCUUGCAUACGUUCACCAUCAGAACAUUUGAAAUGGAAGGUCAGAGACCGACCUGCAAACAGGUUUACAAACAAAAUUACUUUUUCAUAAAUCUUGACACAACAUUCGUAAAAUCGUAAAAUGAGCCAAAAUUUGUAAACUUUGUGAAAAAUUCCAGAGAGUUGGCGGGUGUGAUCAUAGCUUUAACUCGAAUAUUUAUUUUCCAAACUUCGCUCUGCAGGCUUCAAGUAAUGCCUUAUAGAUGUUAUUGGGGUGCUCUUUCUCUUAUGUUGGUUGCUAGUUACCAUGCAUCGGGCACGACAGCUUGUUUCUUUUGCCUUUGUUCUUUUGUUCAGUCUUGUUGCUUCUUGAUUUUGAUGAGCUAGCUUGUAUAAAAGAAAAAAGAAAAGAUUGGUGCAUUAGAAUAAAUGCAUGCUUCACAAUGGCCUUGGAUCCAUAUGUACAUAAACACGAUUCCUCUGUGCGUGCUUAGAAAUGACAUCUGCAGGUAGGCCUUGAGGGCCAUAUUAAAAAACAAUUUUCCAGCAGCGUGAGCUUGCCAGCUGUUUAUAUGCCUUUAAGCAUUGGACACAACAUGAAAUUUUAUUUUAUAACCAUGUGUUUGAGCCUGCAGUUGAGUCUUCAUAUGUGCAAUCGUAAUGAGUCACAUCAAAUCAUUCUGAAAAAUGCCCAUGUCCUUUGUCUUUUGGCAAUCGAAGAUGACUACUAACUUAAUCUGAGGCCACAUUCCUUUGAAGUUACUUCUUGCCACAUAAUUUGUUUCGCUGCAGGCCUAGAGUGCUGAUAGUGGAUGUGUGACAAUUUUGACUGUUGGUCAAAAUGUGGCAUACAUGGCACAGGGACUGAUGUAUUAUUUCUUUUCAGCGUUUUAUGGCCAACUAACUUUCUGACAACCAGUUAUCAGUUCAUUUCAAGGUUAAUGGUUUACUGUUCCUAAAAUCUUGUCAGCAGCUUCUCAAGAUUGUUUUAUUCAUCCAGUAUGUGGCAGUGUCGAUUCAGGUUUGGUUUCACCCUUCAGUUGUGCAAUGCCCUGCCCGCUGGGGCCUUUUCUACAUGUCUGCAUAGUGUAUGAGGCGGACCUCAUUUACCUCCUGCUAAUAAUAUUAAGUUUGUGCAACUUGCUGGAAAUAACCAGUGCCACCAGUAGACUGUGUGACAUGCACAAGAGGCUGUCACAUUGCCUCCCUUGCCUCUACACUGACUUUUUUAAUGCUUUGAUAGUGCUAAGUUUACAUGUUCUUGUGUUUAGUUAGCAUGAUUAUAUGCUUGUGUUGUCAAGCCCAAUGGUUAAGCUUGAGCCGGCAGUUCUGUUUGUCGAAGUCUGCUGUGUUCUAUGUGUCUGCAGUGGAGACCACUUGUAACUUGACUGCUUGGAGUACAGUGCUGAAUAUUGUUUGACUUUUUCUCAUGACCAGGCUUUGACCAGGCUUUCUUCCUUUCCAUUUAAACUAUUUAUGUGCCAUUUGAGGAGAAGGUAAAUGGGAGUGCUAAAUCUACUGAACAUUAUAAGCAAACACUAUUAGUAGCAUUAAAGACUACCCAUUAGUGAAAAAAAAACAAAAUGCUACUAAAGCCUCAUUUUUUCACUCUCUCUUGCAUAUAUAAGCUAUGCUAGUAAUGAUAUCAUGGCAUGGUGUCACAGACAUCACUUUCUUUUUUCUGUCAAUUUGUAUCAUUUUCCUGCAGAAGGAUGAGACUAUAAAUAAAGAAGAAAGAAUAGAUGGUCGGGAGUUAAGCAUAAGUAAGCAGAUGCAUCACACCUAAAGAAAUGAAUAAAACAUAAAAUAUCAGCAUUAAUGAUAACAAAACUGAAAAAAUUCUCUGUCAUUGUCACUCGCUACAAGUGAGGCAGAACAACUCCCCUACCUGCUUCAAAAUGUCUGCUAACUUCUUCGCACGCAGUGUGUCCCAUUUCACAUCUGCAAUGUCUUUAUUAUGUUACGUGCAUUCUCUGUGAGGCAACAACACGUCAGACGCUGUAGAUAUACUGUGUGAAUGUGGCAUCGUGGUAGGCAGUGGGAAUGCAUUUGUUCACAUUUUCAGUGGUGCGAUUGCUGCUCGAGGUUUUUUCCAACAACAUCAGAACUGUUUUUUCCCCUAUUGGGCAAACAUGCACUACUCUCUGCGGUAAACUUCAUAUCCGCCUUGGGCUGAAUACUGUUAUGCGCUUGCGUCAUCUGCUGAAGGGCACUUUAAAUGCUAAUAUUAUUUUGUUUGUUUUUUUUUCACCUUCAGGCACAAAUUUAAGGCCUUCAAAUGUAUAUGUCUUUUUUUUUUUUCUUUCCGUGGGAACACGUGGCGAACUUUCCAGAAAAAAGUUUUGUAUCUGUAGCAUGAAUAUUUAAGUCACGUCAGGCUAGUUGUCAUAAUUACAAAAGUUAUACAUGCAUUGACCUCUUAAAAUUUUUGCAUCACAUCGUGAAAAGAACUUAAAAAAUUGUUACCAGUAGAUGGCUUGGGUAUCAUUGUGUAGAGGGCCUUCUGAUGCAAGAAAGAACACAAAUUAACAAUAGUGAUACAGAGCAACACAUUGCAUUUUUCACCACACCUGGUAGCACGCUGCAUAAAGUACGAUUGUUUUGCAUUACUUCCUGCACUAAAGUUACUUAUGACAUUGUUUUUGGUUAGCAGAGGGUUACGUUUACAUUCAAAGCCACGUUUAAGAUUUUUUUCUUGUCGCCACUACUCGGAACAUUCAAAAGUAAAUUGCGUCUGCACAUGGAGAUGCCGUGACUGAAAGGGCUAAAGACUACAAAAUUGCCAACCCUGUAAAAUCAAAGAGAAUUUUUCAUGCCUUUACUUCACAUUCGGAACCACUGUACAGCACCUCAUUUAACCAUCCAUGUCGUAUACUGCAGCACAUCUGAAUAUCAAGAGUUUGAGAUUGCUCUCCACCAUAUACGAAAAGAAAGUAAGGCUGUUUGCAAUUUGCAGCGUAAAUUUUCACGCUCACCGCAGUAGCUCUGUCGCUGUGGCAGCAUGCUGUUGAGUACAACAUUGCCAAAACAAAUCCUGGGUGCACUUGCUGCAUUCCACUGGAGGCAGUAGUGCUAAAACAUACGUAUGCUUAGAUUUAGCUAGGUACAGAUUAAGAAAAUUCCCAGACAGUCAAAAUUAAGCUGUCACCCUUUACAACGGUAUCUGCUAAAGCACACACUGCAACCUUCAGGCAUUAAACUGAGGACGUAUUUAGUGAAAACACCCGUGUACUUAGAUUUAGGUGCACGUUAAAGAACCCCAGGUGGUCCAAAUUUCCAGAGUCCCCCACUACGGCGUGCCUCAUAAUCAGAUCGUGGUUUUGGCACGUAAAACGCCAUAAUUCAUUAAAUUAAUUAGUGCUAAUAUUCACAACUCUCCUACUGCUGUCUAGGUUAUAAGUGGUCUGCACUGUAUCAACUAUGGUGCUGUUUAGGCUGUUCUCAUCGGAGCGGCAGUCUUGAUGCAGCUAGCAAUAGACUAUGCACUUUUGUUUCGCUGUUGUUUUUCCAUGGUUGAUCACAAAAUGCAGUGAAUCAUGCCCUCACAGUGGCAUGAGUAUUUUUGCAGCCAGUCAUUGGGUUUACCAUUUAACUUGACUAAAAGUUUCCUUUUCAUGGCUUUGGUUGAUUCACCCAGCAAUAUUUCGUCGCAUAAGACAUUGUGGAAACUUUGUUACUCCGCUGCUGGUGCAAAAUCAUGUUCUCGCGUCCCUGUAGUGUCGCUUUCAUUUUGACUGCAAGCCAUCAUCAACAUUGCAAGAAUGUGCCAUGUGUAAUAGAAGUGUAGUGAGAGCAUUGGAGGAAGGGGCUGUACAUAUUGCAGUCUUUGCAUAAUGACCUUGUGUUGCCUUGGUGACGGGACCUGCAGUGUGAAAGCUGUGUUGUGCGAAUGAAGGUGCAAGUUUUAUUUGACACUAGGUAGGCUACUGUGUCCUUAACCAAAGCUUGUCACGGGACUGUGUGGCGGUACUGCUGCUGCUUCUGUGCGUCUGGACUUUGGAUCUCCAGUGAUUGCAACUGUCCCGUGCAAUCAUUUCACAAGCUGCCUGAAAGAAUGUCAAUCGAAGACAGCAUAGCUUAAUGAAAAAAAAAGGGGGGGGGGGGGGGACAAAGUAGCGGAAUGUUAAUUCAAUGGAGUCCUCUCCAUGUUCUUGGUGCACAAGAAGCGUUGCAGCUGGACACAGACCACACGCACCUGUGACAGCUCCCGUCAGAGUCACGUGACCUGCAUAUUGACGCUGAACGUAUGAACAGCAUCCUUUUUUUUUUGUUCAUCCAGAAAGAAUGCCUGUGAGCGUUGUGGAGGUUGUCAUACCAUGUCUUGUGGCGAGUGUGUGUUUUUGUAUGUGUAGAGGUGUGCUUUUGUGUGCGUGCUUAUAUAUGCGUGAAAUUGUGGUGGUGAAAAGGGUGAGUGCAUGAUGCGAACCGGGUGGUUCUUUGUACAUUACACUUUUCCUGACCUUCCAUCCAUACUGAAGACGUCUGGGCAGAGGGUUCGCGCUUUCAUACGGCGUUGAUAUUUCUGUUUUAAGAAAUACACUUGCAUACACUAUAUACAUUAUGUAUAGUGCUCCGCUGGUCAUGUAGAGGAGAAAUAAAAUCCAGUGAUGAAACA